AUGAUGCGUUGCCUCAAGACCAAUAGCAUCGAUGCUAUGUUUGAUCCACCAAAGGAGAAUGACAAUUCGGUAAUAGCUUCGAUGUAUCAUCAGCUGCGGGCUUCUUCAAACCAAGAUGUUUCGUUGGCAGAUGAUACCGUGUUCAGGUUUCCAAAUGAGUUCAUUCCUCAAGAUCCUCUCACCCUGUUGCGUGAUAUCGAAAUUGAGAUGCCCAGCGAUCUCCCUUUCAAUGCUGCAUCUGACUUACCAGCAGAGCAUGUCAGUAAAUGGAGCCUUUAUUCCAGUGAUCUCGAACCCACCCCAAUCAAGCCCGACCUGCACAGAGAACGAGUAACUGCCUCCUUUGACGAAAAGGUGCUUUGCAAUCCAGACCAAGUUAUCAGUGCUUUCGUACCCAACGAAAGCAAAUCUGCUGACUGCAGUGGUCUCGCCGGUGUAAAAAGAGAAAGCUCAGCCUCGCUUCCUCCUACAAGGCCAAAAAAGAGAUUUAAGACCAGCAGGGAAGAAAAGAAGAGAAAGAGCAAGAACCCCCCAGUCUUCCGCCCUUAUCAACAGCAACAAUUCCAAGAACAAUUCGAUGAACUGUUGAAAUUCAAGGAAGAAUUUGGACAUUGCCUUGUCCCCCACUCGUAUGAACCCAACCAAAGUUUGUCGAGAUGGGUCAAGCGACAGAGGUAUCAGUACAAGAUGCUUCAACAGGAUAAAACCGAGGAGUCUACGAUGACCCCAGAACGUAUCUAUCUGCUUGAGUCUAUUGGCUUCGUUUGGGACUCGCACAAACUGGCGUGGCAAGAUCGCUUGAAAGAGCUUGAAGAAUACAAGAAGAAAAACGGAGACUGCAACGUCCCUUCUACGUAUCGAGACAACGCUGCUCUAGCCACAUGGGUCAAAUGCCAACGUAGGCAAUACAAACGAUUCUACAGUGGAGAAGCAUCUAACAUAUCACUUGAUCGGAUCACUUCACUAGAUGCUUUGGGAUUCAAUUGGGAACGAAGACACUGA